AUGAAGUCCAAAACUUCUCAAAAAUUGCAGUGGGAGGUGAGCGGUGCUUACCUACUUGCACAAACCAACUCCCUCGUUUUCUCCGUCAUUGAAAUGCCCCUUGCGACUUUGCCUCGUUUUGUAUCUCAAAAAACCUCCCUCCUUUUUCUCUGGCCAAAAAUUUCUCUCCCAGUUUUCUCUCAUAAGAACCCUCAUCUCAAUCUCUCACUUUCAGUCUCCGCAUCAGCAAUGGAGUCCGAAUCACUUUGUCUACUGGUUCUAUGGGGAAAAUCAGAUGCUGAGAAAGAGUUGGCCAAAUCUAUGAAAAACAACAACACUCUAAAACUACCAGACAAAACCGAUAUUUCGGUUCUUCUACAUUCCGAACACGAAAAAUCCUUCGGCCCGAACCCUUUCCAAGUGAACUCUUACAUGAAUUCUCUCUCAACUACGCGUUUUGGAAAAUUUCUCAUUUAUUCGCCUCGAUUAUCUUCCACUCACGACGUUGUUUCACUAAAUUUUUGUGAGCUGCCGAUUGGUGCGGUGUGUGUGGCGGAUGUUCAGUACAAAGGACGAGGGCGGUCAAGGAAUAUGUGGGAAUCUCCGAUUGGAUGCCUCAUGUUUUCAUUUACAAUACAGAUGGAGGAUGGCCGGGUUGUGCCUUUUGUGCAGUAUGUAGUUAGUUUAGCUAUGACAGAGGCAAUCAAGGAUGUUUGUGCCAAAAAUGAAUAGGCUUGAAUAUUGACAAUGAGAAACCAACAACAUGUUUGAAUGCUGUUCUACGAAAACUUGCUUCUGUUCCUUACCAACUAGAGAGAGAAGAUAUUGUUGCAUCCUUUUUCAAUAAAUUUGAGAAUCUCUUUUAUGAUUUCCUAAAUCAAGG